UUAUCAUCACAGAAGCACGAGAAUGUCACAUGACGGGAAUGUGUAGCUCGCGCUCAGUCAGUUGUGCCACUGUGUGAUCAUGGCGGAUCCGGAAGGAGAGUCACUGGAGUCAUGGCUAAACAAAGCCACCAAUCCUUCCAACAGACAGGAGGAGUGGGAAUAUAUCAUCGGGUUCUGCGACCAAAUCAAUAAGGAACUUGAGGGCCCACAGAUCUCGGUCAGAUUAUUGGCACAUAAAAUCCAGUCCCCACAAGACUGGGAAUCAUUACAAGCACUAACUGUUUUAGAAGCUUGCAUGAAGAACUGUGGAAGAAGAUUUCAUAAUGAAGUUGGAAAAUUUAGAUUUUUAAAUGAACUCAUCAAAAUGGUUUCACCAAAGUAUUUGGGAGACAGAGUGUCUGAACGAGUGAAGACUAAAGUAAUAGAGUUGCUUUACAGCUGGUCAGUUGCUUUACCAGAUGAGGCAAAGAUUACAGAGGCCUAUCAAAUGCUAAAGAAGCAAGGCAUUGUAACAGAAGACCCAGUGGUUCCUGUGGACAAGACCCUCGUUCCCUCGCCAAAGCCCAAGAAUCCAGUGUUUGACAAUGAGGAAAAGAGUAAGCGUCUGGCAGAACUUCUUAAAAGUAAAAAGCCGGAGGAUCUUCAAGAAGCUAACCGCAUUAUUAAGAACAUGGUCAAAGAGGAUGAGGCUCUGCAGCAGAAAGUUUCCCAUCGUGUCAACACCCUAGAGGAGGUGAACAACAGUGUGAAGCUCCUUAAUGAGAUGCUAAGUCAUUUCAAAAGUGAUGAAUCAACACAAGAAGACAAAGAACUUCUAAAGGAUCUGUAUAAUGACUGUGACAAACUUAGAACUGCAGUCUUCAGACUUGCCACCGAGACAGAUGACGAUGACAGUGCCUUAGGCGAUAUUUUGCACGCUAGUGAUGAUCUCUCACGAGUUAUCAAUUCCUAUAAAAAGAUUGUUGAAGGACAGACCAUUAUGACUGACUUACCAGGAUCAACAGCUUCAGAACGCACCUCUGACAGAAACUCUUCUGACAUUUUGAUCGAUUUGAAUGAUCUGGACUCUGGGACCCCUUCACCCCUUAAAAACGUUUUGACUUCACCUCAGCCCCCUGAUUCUCUACCAGUUGACCUCCUCGCACUUACUCCUUCAGUUGGAGCUCAGCUUUCUUCUUCCAACACGUCCUCUGGAUCAUCAAGUUUCCAAACCAGUCCUCCACCAAGCCAGCUUCCCAGCAGUUUUUCUCUUCUAGAUGACGGACUUGGUUCAUUAGGCCUUACUAAUCUGGACUCAAGCAAGUCUGCAGAAAAGAAUACAAAAGAAGGCCAAAGCAAUCAGUGGAUUUCUUCACAAACUUCCAAACCAGUGAUUGACCUACUCCGCAGCUCUGCUCCCUUAAAUCCUCUCAUCUCAACAGCGCCGCCUGCCUCGGAAUCUGCCUCAGUCUUUGACAACUCCCUCCAGCAGAGCUGCAAAGAUCUUGCCAUGCUGGACCUGGACAAGACUCAUAGCAGCCAGUCCAGUUAUUCAAGCUUUGGUAGCAGAGAACUUCGAGCUGGAGAAGAGAACAUCCAUCCUGCAUUAACCACAUUCAGUUUCCCUGCUGGAAUAACACCAGUGCCCUCUGCUUUAACCUCUGCCAAACCUCAGAGCUUUGCCCCAGACAGCCCUCUGUUCAGAUCCAUCUCCCCUACAUUACCCACCAGUCAGUCACCCUCAGGCUCGGAUAUCUCCCUGUCCAGUGUAUUUGUCCCACUGGAGGCCAUUAAACCAAGUAAGGAGUGUCCAGUGACAGCCUAUGAUAAGGAUGGUGUUCGUGUGUUGAUGCACUUUGCUACUGACCCCCCGCCUGGUCGCCCCGAUGUUCUGGUGGUUGUGGUGUCCAUGCUAAACACAGCACCACUGUUGGUGAAGAACGUAGUGCUUCAGGUUGCUGUGCCAAAGUCUAUGAAAGUGAAGCUGCAGCCCCCUUCUGGAACAGAAAUGGCCCCCUUUAACCCUUUCAUGCCCCCCAGUUCCAUUACUCAGAUCAUGUUGCUGGCUAACCCACUGAAGGAGAAAGUGAGAAUACGGUACAAGCUGACAUUCACCCUCGGAGAUCGACAGGUCACAGAGUCUGGAGAGAUGGACAAGUUCCCUCCAGUGGAAAGAUGGGGUCAUUUGUAGCUGUGUAAGCAUUAAUACUCAUGAAGACAAAUGAAAAAGUCAGUGUGUAAGUGCAUGGAUCACCCUUUAGCGGUGUCCCCGAUGUUACCUUUGACAAAUUGGGUGUGACAAACUUGUGAAUCCCAAUCUUUGCGUAAUCCACAAAUGUCUAGAUGUACUGGUCUUUGUCAUUAGAUACUGUUGUCAUUAUUAUAAAUAUGUAGCCUAUGAGUCAUAAUGGGUCAUUUUAUUGUUAGCCACAACUAAACUAUUCAACUCAUACCUCACCCUGAAAGCAGUGGCAGGUAAUGUGAUAACACUGGACGUUGCAUCUUUUCUUUCAAUCUAUUUUCCUUGAUAUGAUGCACCAGUUGUGUUUUUGUGCUUUGAGUUUUACAUAUUUAUUUCAUUACUAUUCAGAUUUGUGGUGUUUGACAUGGUUGGCCUCAGUGUUUUAAAGCCAAUUAAAUUUGUUUUACAUCAGAUAACAGUCCAACAAAAUGUGUGUGAAAGAUGGUGCAAAGCAUACUUGGACUUCUGUAUUUUUGGAUGAAUGCAAAGUAUUGGUUUCACUUUUGGUAUGGCUUUUUUUAGUUGCCUCAGUAUUGUUUUGCUUAACUGGAUGUGUCCAGUGGUGUGUUUUACUGAAUGAUUGUGUGUGUGUAUGUGUGAGAGAGAGAGCGAAAGGCAUGGGGAAAAUCAUAUUAAUAAAAUUGACUUUCUAAAUUAAUUCAAAGAAGAGCUUCAUGAAUCUUCCAGUAAUGCUGUUCUUCUUAGAUUUCAAGUAAAAUUUGCAAUUCAACGCAAUGUAUACGGUUUUAAAGACAAAUAAAUAUAUUAUUUUGAACAACUGUUGAAUUUUUUGGCCUGGCACUUAGUUUACAAACACUGUUUUAGUCCCCACAGGUACUUUAUUUGGAAAAAUCAAAAUAUUCGAUACAAAAAAAAAAAAAAUUGUUCCCGGACAGGUUUAAUAAUAAUAUUCUUUUGGUUUCUAAACUUGUAAAUUCAGAUGGUCUCUUGCUAUCUUCUUCUGAAUUCUUAAGUAAAACUGUAUACCUUUCACCCCACUUUGCUAUGGUGAUGGAUGCCAUCCCCAGUGGAGUUCUUUACCCCCUUUGUUUCAUGGACACAUCCCUGUGAAACCGCAACAGGGAAGAUUUGCUUACAAUAUCCUCCUCCGGCAAUGUCAAAGCCUUAAAAUCCUAUACGUUGUGGACGAAGUAUAAUAUUUGUGCUUUUUAUGAAGUGCUAAUUGCUUUUUUUUAUAAUGUGCUGUUGUGUUAAGAGGAUGGGGUUUAUUUUAGAUUAUUUAUUACCUCUUCUUUCUCUUUAAAUCUAAUUUAUAUAUUACCCCUGGCUUAAUAUUGUUUUUUAGUUCUUUUCCUGGUUCUUUAUUUGUUGUUUAUAUAUUUAUUAUUGUCGUUAUAAUCUGUUUUUGAGCUGUAAAUAUGUGUAUUUACCUUUUAUAUAUGUUCAAUAAAAAGGGGGUCAUAAUGGGA